AUGAAACAUAACAGAAAGCAUAGCCCAGACUUAUCAGAUGACGGGGAACAUAAGAGGAAGAAACAUCACAAGCGUCAGCGAAGUCACAGUCCUUCAGACGAAGAUCAUCGACAUAAACAUCAUUGGGAAAAGGAAAAGCGUUUUCGGCAUCACAAUUCUGACGGUGAUGAGAGAGACACACACAGGCCCAGACGCAACCAUUCCAGUGCUCAGCAGUGUUCAGGAUAUGAUCCAAACAUAAGGAUCAAGCAAGAAAAAGAUGAUGAUAACUUUAGCAGGCAACAGAAAGACCGAACAAAGUAUAAUGAUCGAAGACGAGAACAUCGAAGAGAACGAGAAAGGGAUGGAGAUUUUGGUUUAAACACAGAUGUUCAAGUGAAAUCUGAAGGUGGGGAAGAAAAUGAUAUCAAACCGGAAAAACAAAAGCCCAACAUGGGGCUGUCGGGUAAGCUAACCGAAGACACAAACACAUUCCGUGGAGUUGUCAUCAAGUAUAAUGAACCUCCAGAGGCAAUGAAGCCGAAAAGAAGAUGGCGGCUUUACCCGUUCAAAGGGGAUGAACCCUUGCCGGUUCUUCAUAUUCAUAGACAGAGUGCUUUCCUUCUGGGCCGUGACCGCAGAAUAGCAGAUAUUCCCGUCGACCACCCGUCUUGUUCCAAGCAGCAAGCAGUACUUCAGUUUCGGGCAGUGCCUUACACACGUUCUGAUGGUGCCCCUGGGCGUAGAGUUCGCCCUUACCUGAUAGAUCUUGAAUCGGCUAAUGGAACUUACAUUAACGGGGAGAAAAUGGAGGCUCGUCGAUAUUAUGAACUCAAAGAGAAAGAUGUGAUCAAGUUUGGCUUCAGCACAAGAGAAUAUGUGGUGCUGCAUGAUGCCGUGGACCUGUCGGAAGUGAAAGAGGGCCAUGACAUAGAAGAAACGUGA